CUCCUAUUUCUCCUCUUCUUCUUCCUCUGCAUCCCAACUGUAGUCAGACUAUUUCUGUUCUUGUACUCACCCUUAACGUCCGUUCUUGGAGAUACUGCACGUAUUGACUGAGGCUCGCUGCUGGUGAGCAAGCCCAACAUGACGCGCAGGUACUUGGGCCUCCAGGGCCAAAGGCUCCAGCUCGCCAUCAGUAUCAUCGCUGGUAUGGACUUUCUGCUCUUCGGCUACGACCAGGGCGUUACCGGUGGUCUCUUGACCCUUCAAUCGUUCAUCAAAUACUUCCCUACCAUUGCUACCAAUGGCUCGUACUAUGAGAGCUUGGAUAGCGCUGCAAAGAGCACGCAGUCUACGCGUCAAGGUAUUGUUGUCGCUGCUUACAAUUUGGGAUGUUUCGCUGGCUCCAUUCCGACAAUCUGGAUUGGAAACUGGCUUGGUCGACGCAAGACCAUCUUCCUCGGCUCAUUUAUCAUGGUCAUUGGAGCCCUGCUGCAGUGCACUUCUUACCAUCUUCCUCAGUUUAUUGUAGGACGUCUGGUUACUGGUUUCGGAAACGGUAUGAACACUUCAACCGUCCCUACCUGGCAGUCAGAAUGCUGUAAAGCGAACAAGCGCGGUCAGCUGGUCAUGAUCGAAGGUGCAAUGAUCACCUGCGGUAUCACCAUCAGUUACUGGAUCGACUACGGUCUCCUCUUUGCCGACCCUAAUGAAGUCGCCUGGCGAUUCCCUCUUGCCUUCCAGAUCUUCUUCGCCCUCAUUAUUCUCAGCUUCGUCAUGUUCCUCCCGGAGUCCCCUCGCUGGCUCGUCCUCAAGGGCCGCGAAGACGAAGCGCGCGAGGUCCUUGGAGCCCUUGUGGGCGAUCGGAGCGACCCCAGCUUCAUCCAGACGGAAUUCGUGGCCAUCAAAGCUACCGUUUUGGAAAUGGCCUCUGGUUCUUUCAGGGACAUGUUCACUUUCACCGAGGACCGCCACUUCCACCGCACCGUCCUCGCGUACGUCAACCAGAUGUUCCAGCAGAUUUCCGGUAUCAACCUGAUCACCUACUACAUUCCUGUUGUGCUCGAGAACCAGCUCGGGAUGAACCUCCAGAACUCGCGUCUUAUCUCCGCCUGCAACGGAACGGAGUAUUUCCUCGCUUCUUGGAUUGCUGUCUUCACCGUGGAGAAGUUUGGUCGUCGCACGCUUAUGCUCUUUGGCGCCGCCGGAAUGUCCAUCUCGAUGGCUAUUCUCGCCGGAACGGCAAGCGCUGGUUCCAACGCGGCGAACAUUGCCUGUAUUGUGUUCCUGUUCGUUUUCAACACGUUCUUCGCUAUCGGCUGGCUCGGCAUGACCUGGCUCUACCCUGCAGAGAUCGUGCCUCUGAAGAUCCGUGCUCCGGCUAACGCUUUGGCUACCUCCUCAAACUGGAUCUUCAACUUCAUGGUCGUCAUGAUUACCCCUGUCGCGUUUGACAACAUCGGCUACCAGACCUACAUCAUCUUUGCUGUCAUCAACGCCUUCAUCUUCCCCGUAACAUACUUCUUCUACCCAGAAACCGCCUACCGUUCGCUCGAAGAGAUGGACCGCAUCUUCCGCAAGACAAAGAGCAUUUUCUCCCUUGUCCGAACUGCCAAGGAAGAGCCGCACAUGUAUGGCAAGCAUGGUGAGCUCAUGCGCCAGCUUUCUGAUGUCGAAGACGAGGCGGUGCGCCGCGCCAGCUACCUCGAGCACCACGCCGGCAAGAAAGAACAUGAGUCUAGCGACGAAACGAGUACCGAGAAGGUGGAUAACGUGGAGCAUGUGAAAUAA